CAGCCAUUGCGCUACUACCCUUGUACGGUGUGGACCGCCUCUAACGCCGAAGUAGCAGCAGCCUAACUCCUUCUCCCUCUCUUCAUCACCAACAUCUCCUGAAGACGGCGACGGCGACGACGACGAAGACUGUCACUACCACCGCCAUCUGCACCUUAAUCUCUAACAGCAGGCCAUGUGGAGAUCACCAGCCAUUUCUUCUCUUGUUGGCCAAUUAGCUCGAGCAGGUGAUGCUUGGAUAAGGAGUCCUAAUUGCAGCUACAAUACAGCGGUGCAAGCUCAAAUUUCUAAUAUAAAUGCAAUAAGAUCUACUUCAAUAUUAGAGAAUCAAUAUGAUCGCAAAGCUGCAUGUGAGAUUGCAGACCAGAAAGCUGGACGAGUGCAGAAAUUUCAGAUUGGGGAGAAUGUUUCCAGGAAUGAUAAGAUCAAAUUUCUUGUAAACACGCUUCUUGAUCUUGACAAUAGUAGAGAGGCUGUUUAUGGUACUCUUGAUGCCUGGGUUGCGUGGGAGCGAACAUUCCCUAUUGUGUCCCUUAAGAGCGUUUUGCUUACACUUGAAAAGGAACAGCAGUGGCACAGAGUUGUUCAGGUAAUUAAAUGGAUGCUAAGCAAGGGGCAGGGAAAUACAAUGGGAACAUAUGGGCAGUUAUUGCAAGCCUUAGAUAAGGACCAUAGAGCUGAAGAAGCACACAUGUUUUGGUUGAAGAAAGUUGGUACAGAUCUUCACUCGGUCCCUUGGCAGUUAUGCAAGCGCAUGAUAUCCAUAUACUAUAGAAACAACAUGCUAGAGAGCCUCAUAAAGCUUUUCAAGAGCCUGGAAGCUUUUGAUCGCAAACCUCCAGAAAAAUCAAUUAUCCAGAAAGUGGCAGAUGCAUACAUGAUGCUAGGUAUGCUCGAAGAAAAAAAGCGUGCACUGCAAAAGUAUAAUUAUCUUUUCCAAGAAACAGAGAAAGGAUGCCUCAAGAAAUCUAGAAACACCUCAUCUAAGAAGAAGUCGGGGCACAGAAAACACACAUCAAAUUCAGAAGCCUGUAUGGAAAGCUUACAAUAACCAGAGUUAUCCCUUUUUCUCCUAUGCAUGAAUACCUCUUCCAUGGCUGAGCAUCUUUGCUUCUCAGUUGCCAUACCAUGAAACACUUUGAAUCUUUCAAUGUACUUCAAGCAUAGUUAGCCACUUGAAUACCAAUGCUUUGGGGCGUGCAUUAUAUUGCAAAGCAGCAAAGAUAUAUUGAUUCACUUAAAAGUUAUGCUACACCAAAUCCCAAGUUUUCUUGCUUCCAGGAUGAUGGUAACAGUUUGAUUUGUGGAAGAUUAUCCAAGGCUGGGAUCUUGUACGAGUGCUGGAUUGUUGUUGGUUGAUGGUUGUGUUUAUCGAGCACAUUUCUUCUUUAACACUCCUCUUUAAAAUGAUCAAAUGCUUUCAAGGUGCGAAGGAGAUGCGAUUUACAGGUAAUAUAAUCCACAGUGAUUCUCCUUGGUAUUAAAUCCGCCAUGUUCUUUGUUUUGGCUUAAAACUGCCAGCGACUGUUAGAGUAUUAUUGUGAAUUUGUUGUGUGACCUCCUUUCCUUUAUAUGUUCAGCUUCAUCAUUGUGUUUGGACUGUGAUUUGUCGACUUCUUGGGAAAUUCAAGGUGGAAAAAAAGAGAAAAAAGAACAGUACCUGUCUGUAUUUAUGUCUACUAAAAACAAUGAAAUGAUGAUUUUGCAUUAA